CUGGAGCUGCGGCUGGUGUUUGUAGACGCGAGUACUACACUCACGGGGACCUCCAUUGGAAUUUGUGUUAUGGAUACUACUUGUCCCCAUAGGAGUCAUAUGCUUACGUUUUCAGACUGGGAAUACAAUCAACGUCAGAAUUUUUGUAUUUAAACGUUAUCAGAUUUUCGGGGGCUGUGCAUCUCACAGUCAUGGAAUUCGUACCAUUGUGGGGAAGUGGGGUUUUAAAUCUCGCCGUCCACUCUUUGCAUCCCCCAAUGUUUGUUCGUUAGUUCUCAUUAGCUGGCUAAAGUCAGGGAUCUAUCGUGACAGAAAAAUAACUAUAGGCUACUUUCUCAUUCUUUCGGAUAGAGGCAUAAAAAGACCAAAUAUACCACGAUUUGUCGGAAGACUUCUGAAGUGGGCAAUUUCUUUUGAUCUGAGAGACACCUAAUACAAGCCCCAUUACGUGCUAACCACCCAAGCGAAAAAGUCGUCGGCUAGCCAGUGAGUUAGAAAGGCAUACCUGACCAGGUUGUUUGUUAAAAUGGAGGCUGUUAUUGAAAAAGAAUGCAGUGCACUUGGAGGCCUUUUCCAAACCAUAAUCGGUGACAUGAAGAGCAGUUAUCCAGUCUGGGAGGAUUUCGUAAGCAAAGCUUCAAAGCUGCAAUCCCAGCUAAGAACCACGGUGGUGGCCACCGCAGCUUUCCUCGAUGCCUUCCAGAAGGUGGCCGACCUGGCGACCAGCUCUCGAGGCAGCACCAGGGACAUCGGCUCGGCCCUGACCAGGAUGUGCAUGAGGCACAGAAGCAUCGAGGCCAGACUGCGGCAGCUGUCAAUGGCUCUCAUCGACUGCCUCAUCAACCCGCUGCAGGAUCAGAUUGAGGACUGGAAGAAAGGGGCCAACACUCUUGAUAAAGACCAUGCCAAAGAGUACAAGAAGGCCAGACAAGAGAUCAAGAAGAAGUCUUCCGACACCCUGAAGCUGCAGAAGAAGGCAAAAAAAGGCCGCGGUGAUGUGCAGCCGCAGCUGGACUGUGCCAUGCAGGACGUGAGCGAUAAGUACCUGCUGCUGGAGGAGACGGAGAAGCAGGCGGUGAGGAGGGCCCUGAUAGAGGAGCGCGCGCGCUUCUGCUCCUUUGUGUCCAUGCUGAGGCCUGUGCUGGAUGAGGAGGUGUCCAUGCUGGGAGAGAUCACCCACCUGCAGACUAUUGCAGAUGACCUGAAGUCCUUGACUAUCGACCCGCAUAAGUUGCCCGCUGCGAGUGAGCAGGUCAUCCAUGACCUAAAAGGCUCCGACUACAACUGGACCUACCAGACCCCUCCGUCCUCACCUAGCAACGCCGUCUCCAGGAAGUCCAGCAUGUGCAGCGGCAGUCUGACCAGCGUGACCAGCAGCGACUCGCGCUCCAGCGGCUCCUACUCGCACUCUCCGUCCAGCACGCCGCACUACCGCUACCGCAGCUGCACGCUGCCGCCCCACUCCUCCAACCGCCUGGCCUCCAUCUCCUCCCACGACUCCGGCUUCAUCUCGCAGGACGCCGGCCAGUCCAAGUCCCCGUCGCCCAUGCCGGCAGACACAGGCACGCAGCACCGCAGCUCUGCAGUUUCUGACACUCCUGACGCCACCGAUGGCAGCUCUGGAAGCCCAGCAAAAAAGUUGACCAACGGCUUUGAGCACUACGGGCUGCCGGACUCCCUCUACCUGGCCGGGGUGGGUGGAGGCGGUAAUGGCGGCGGUGGUGGCGGUGGCGGCAGCCUCUACCCCUCCUUCCCUCCCCCCGCCUCCCCCUCGUCCUCCUCCUGCUCGUCCUCGUCCACCCUGCGCUCCUGGUCCCGGCCCCUGUCCGCCCUCAUCCCAGACUACCCCCACUACUGCACCCUGGGCCCCGCCAUCAUCCCCUCCUCCAAGGUCCCCAGCUGGAAGGACUGGGCCAAGCCUGGGCCCUAUGACCAGCCCAUGGUGAACACGCUGCGUAAGAAGAAGGACAGUGGGAGCGUGAGUAUGGCCAUGGAGCCCCCUCCGGCCCCCGCCCAGCCCACGUACCCCGCCAGCCACUCCACGGACGAGCCCCCGCGAGCCUGCCGUAUGCUCGUCAUGCCCAAGCCUGCGGAGGACCCAGACCCCCAUGCAGAGCUGGCGCUGGCCCUGUCCUGUGGCCUGCAGCUGGACGCUCAUGCCCAGGGCUCCAGCAGAGACUCCCUGCAGUGCUCCAGCGGCUACAGCACCCAGACCAACACGCCCUGCUGCUCCGAGGACACCAUCCCUUCACAGAUGUCCGACUACGACUACUUCUCCAUGGGCGGCGAGCCGGAGGUGGACCAGCAGGACUUUGACAAGUCCUCCACCAUCCCGCGCAACAGCGACAUCACCCAGUCCUACCGCCGCAUGUUCCAGGCCAAGCGGCCGGCCUCCACGGCCGGCGUCCCCUCCGGCCCCGGGUCCGGCCCCGGUCCGGUCGUGGUCGUCACGCCCGGCACGGCCACCAUCCGCCGCACGCCGUCCACCAAGCCGUCGGGCCGCCGCGCCACCAUCUCGGGAGGCGGGCCCAUCCCCAUCAAGACCCCCGUCAUCCCGCCGAGGACCCCCGCCGUGCCGCCGGACGCUCUGCCCAGCCUCGGCUGCUUCGGCCGGGGCGGCGGCGGCGAGGACGAGGACCCCCCCAGCCCGGAGUCGCCGGCCUCGGGGGAAGGCGAGCAGCUGGGCAUCCUGCCGGUGUCCUCGUGGAGCGGCCAGGCCUCCACCAACCCCCCGGUUCGCUCGGUCGGUCCGGCGGGCAAGGGCUCCUCCGACGGGCUGCUGGACGGGGCGGACCCCUCCGACCCUCAGGGCGACACGAUGCUGCUGGCUAUUCGGCGCGGCGUCAAACUGAAGAAGACGCCGUUGACCAGUGACCGCUCAGCCCCACGCAUUGCCUGAGUGCCCAACAGCAGGCCUCUCUGCUUGAACAGUACAACAAGAGGCACCAGAAACAAGACUAUUGUUAACUUGAGACACAGGCUCAGUUGAUGAGUAAGACUGUAUAUACAUGUGCGUGUAGAUUACAGUACGUGUGUAGGCGACACAUCCCUGAAUGAAAGGGACAUCACAAUAUGAUAGCCCACCUUUUUGGUUGUUUUAUUCCAUGGUCAGCCAGUGGCCAUAGUAUGUAUGAAAUGACCUGUUCCAGAGCAGCACAAGAGACCUGGUUAGGUACAGGGGGCAGGAAGAACUUCUUGGGACCCUAUUGACCCUACGUGGACAAUGACACCUUAUUGGAAUUGUGUAUAUCAGUCCGUCACUUUUCUCACACUUUUUCUGUCGUCUUAAGCAGCUGAGGCCAACACCUGAGGUGCCAAGUAACGAGGCGUUUUCCAAUGGAGUCUUGAAGGAGUCUUGAAGGUUGUGCAGGUGGCAGGUACCAUCCUCAUCCUAGAUGCUCAUAACGGAACCUGACCCUCUCUGCUGAGUUCCAAGCUAGAAUUCCUCUGUGGUGCAGCCAUUCUAAUCACUCAGUUAUUACUCCGAGAUCAGUAAUGGCCUCUUUCAAAGCAAUAUGCUGGCUCAUAAUUUUACAUGAAUAUGUUAUGGUGAAAAAUAUCUGCACAGUUUGUGUCAUAAUGGCACAAAGAAGCAAUAGAAAUAAAUAGGAAAAAAAAAAAGAUAAUCUGUGACUAUGCAUAUCUGUAUAAAGAUGAAAAAGAUUUCAGAUGGUGACACUAAAGAUUUUACUCACUGCUUCGGCUUAUAGGUUUUAAGCAAUUUUUUUGUUCAAUAUUAGGAAUGCAUGACGCCUUACUUCUGUAAACUGCGCAUCACAUAUUAUAAUGUUGUUUAUCUCAAAAUAAGCUAUGGUUUACUACACAAACCUUUGUGAUGUACAUUAACUGGUUUGUAAUGAUUCCCACCCUACCCCCCCUUUGCAUCAGUUUUUGGUUCAGUUUUAGAGUAGAGGUGUGCUGGUAAGGGAGUGAUUAGCCAAACGUGAAACGCUAAAAAGUGACAUAAGUCAACCUCAACACUCACAGUGUGUUUUUAAACGACCAACUGUCUCUUAUACCUCUGUUCCUUUUUUGUGAUUUGAUUUUGUACAUAGUGUAGAUAGCUUUUUUGUAAUUUUAUAGGUUGAUAAAUAAAAUGAUCUCUGUCCGUCCCUGGAAGAGGUAAUACACAGUUUAAUUUCAUAGGCGGCAGAGUAUUAGAGCAUUAAAAUGUAUGCGGAAAAAAAAAUCAAAUGCAAUAUUAAAGCACACAUUAAGAAUAAUAAUAAAAAAACUAUCCAAGAUGGUAUUAAGAACAUAUUAAUUAUGUAGCUGACUUCAUCGAUGUAUUGGUUAGUAGAUUUCUGAAGUUGGCCAAGUUGAACUUGUUGGUAUUCAAUGUUGUUCAAUGUUGGUAUUGGUCUGCAUUAACAAAGCUAUUAAUGUGUCCUUACCUCCCAGUGGAAAUGGCUGUGUGGGAGUUAUAGAUAGUAGCAAAUAUAGCAUACCCUUUAUCAAAUGCCUCACAGUGAAGAAAAUAUGUAGUUUCCACGGACUGUUUAUGGAAGCCAACAUCAGUGAUUUAUAAGAAUCCGAAUUUUUGACCCGUUCAUUUAGUGCUCUGACCUUUGUGUGAGUCUCCUGUUGCUUUUAAAAUGUUCCAUUCUACCAGAUUCAGUGGUUUAUUUAUUUUCACGUUUAAUCACAGCUUUGGCACCAAAUUAAAAAGAAAUUGUGUUUAAA